CAUAAAAUUACAAAAUGCAGUGAAUUCACUAAACCCCCUAGCAAUUUUACUAUUCUUGUAGUAAAAUUGCUUCGCCCAGCGUAGGUCGGAUUAGUUUACAACGCUUAGCGUAGUAAUUUUACAACGAUCAUAUUUCCGGGUUCAGUGUGAAAUUACUACCGCCGUUGUAAAAUCGCAGCUGAUCAAGUAAAGAGAGAUGCACAUGCGACGCCGACGCCAUAUUGGAAAUUCUCAAUAACCGUUAAAUUCGCUUCGACGUUCGGCGGAGAAGGACGUAUACGACAAGCGGAGAAGGACGACAGGCGGACUUAAUUACUUAAUUGCACGGAGUAAGAGGGGCUUACUUGUAAAAGAAAGGUGAUUUGCAGUGAUGGAGAGCGAGAUCAGUGCCAACACGACCUAAUUGUUCAUUCGGAGGCAAGAAUAUUUCAACUGUCCUUUAUACCAUUAUCAUUCAUUAUAUAUCCCCGAGUAUAAUAUUCCUUAUUAAAAAUGUAUGCUUGCCAUUUUUGUUCGUUAAAGUUUAAAAAUAUAUAUAAUUAUAAUACACAUCAAAAAAUUCAUGAUAACUUAACAGAUAAAAUUCCGUGCGCACACAACAAUUGUAAUGUUUCUUGCAAAAAUUAUCUAAGUUUUCAACAACAUCUUCUUCGUUUCCACGGAACUAGAAAAAGAUGUAUUGUAAAAUCUUGCAUUGUAAGUUCCACACAAAUAAGUUACUAUUAUUGAAUCAACAUUACAAGCAACAUGAAUGGAGUUCCACAUUUAUAGUCGAAUGUCCCUAUUGCUUAAACAAAAAAAGCUUUAAAACUAAAAACAGUUAUAAGUUACAUUUAUUUACACAUCACAAAAAUGCAAAAUACUCUGAAAGUUGCGAACAAAGUAAUUCAGAAGUUUUAAUUGAUAAAGAAAAUUGUGAAAUCAGUCAAAGUCAGAAAAUUGUUUCUACAUUAUCUUGCCCCAACAUUAAUGAAAUGCAAAUCGAUGAUAGCAAAAAUUUGACUUCUUCUAGUAGUAAUACUUGUAAUAAUGACCAAUUACAGUCCUCGCAAAGUGUACAAGAUGCGUCUACAUUACUGUCCGAUAUGUAUUUGCAGUUGUCAAGCAAGUACUUCGUUACGGAACCAAUAAUACAGAGUGUUGUAAAUAAUAUAAAUUUAGUUUUUCAAACAUGCAACAAACAAUUCGAAAAAGCUUUACUGAAUAGUAACUUUUCUGAAGAUCAAAAAAGAAAUGUAUUGAAAAUUCAUUCUCAGAGUUUUAACAGUAUUGUUAGUACUCACGACCCGUCAACAGCAAGUUUACGUAACACGUACUGUCGUAAUUUAUCAUUUAGAAGUAAUCCUAAUUAUAUAAAACCGGUUCAAAUAACGAUUACAGACUGAGGAAAAGAAACGCCAUUUUUCUAUUCUUACAUCCCAAUUUUGCAAACUCUCAAAAUUAUGUUGAAAAAUGACGAUGUUUUGAAGUAUUGCACAAAUUCUAAUUUUACCAACGAUAUCGAAGGCUUUUACGGUACUAAAGAUGGCUGUAGAAUAAGAAAUUCUCAAUUUUUCAGACAAAAAAAUGUAUUACAAUUAGCUGUAUUUCAAGAUGCUUUUGAAAUAUGCAAUCCAUUGGGUGCUUCAAAAACUAAAUUUAAGAUGAUAGGAAUGUAUUUUGUUAUUCUAAAUUUACCACCAUUUUUGCGAUCAACAGUUAAUAAUAUAAAAUUAAUACUUCUUUGCAAAGAAAAAUUUAUAUCAAUGUUUUCAUGGGGAGAGAUUUUGAAAAAAUUUAUUGAUGAUAUUAAAGUUUUGGAAGUUGAAGGAAUCACGCUUGAUGGACCAAUCAAAAUAUCGUUUAAAGGCAGUAUUGUGGCAAUGGUUGGUGACAAUCUAGGUAGUCACCAAAUCGGUGGUUUUACGCAAAGUUUUUCAACGGACAAAGAAUUUUGCCGCUAUUGCGAUAUAAAUAUGGAAGAAUUUCAAAAAGAUUCAUUUAAAAAAAAGCAUUAAGAAGUAUAGAUACUUACAAACAAAAUGCUGAGCAAGCAGAAAAAAGUAAAAAAAUCGUAUGUGGGAUAAUAUAUAUAUAAUACAUAUACAAUACACAUACAUACACAUACAUAUAUAAUACAUAUAUAAGGUCUAAUUCAUAUCUUAAUAAACUAUUAUAUUUCCACGUUAUUUCUGGACUUCCUCCAUGCAUCGCACACGACUUAUUGGAAGGUAUUUUUGCACAUGACUUGUGGCAUGCAAUAAUAUAUUUCAUUUCUAAGAAGUGGUUUAAAGCGGCACUUUUUAACUUUCUUAUUAAUAACAUUAAUAUAGUUCACGAAAAUAGUAAAUUUAUUCCGAAUAUAAAUGUUAAAAAUAAAUUCAACAAAUUAACGGGUUCUGCUACACAGUUGGGACGAUUAUUGUUAAUAUUACCUAUCGCAAUAGCUGAUUUAAUUCGAAAUUUCGAUGAUGAUGUAUGGCAAAUGGUUCUUUAUUUACGAGAAAUUUGUAGUCUUGUGUGUGCACCGGCAAUAUCUAACAAUCAAAUUGCUAUUUUACAGUGCAAAAUAAAUAACUACAUACAGUUGAGAAUCAAAUGCUUUCCAAAUAUAAAAUUAAGACCGAAACAUCAUUAUAUUAUGCAUUAUCCGGAACUUAUACAAAUAUUUGGUCCUCUGAAACAUUUGUGGACACUCAGGUUUGAGAGUAAGCACAAAUAUUUCAAGACUGUUAUCAAAAAUGUACAAAAUUUCAAAAAUGUUACCAAGACACUUGCCGAAAAGCAUGAAUUGCUACAAAGUUCAGAUAUAAAUGAUUUUAGAUCAAUAGUUGAUAUCAAGAAUGUUUUAGAAUAUAAUUCAGUCAAUUGCGAUACAAAAAUUACCUUAGCCAUUGAAAAAUAUUUUAAGGAAAACUUAAGUUCCGUUAAAUACAUUUGUUCCAGUAUUACAUAUGGUAAUAUUAAUUAUCGUAACGAUAUGACAAUUUCCAUUGGUUGGAGUGAGUACGGAAAUUUAUUAAUUUGUAAAAUAAAAGUAAUUCUAGUCGACAGUAGCUUUGAUAUUUAUUUCGUUGGAGAUACUAACGAAAUCAUAUACUUACCAGAACUUGGUAUUUAUGAAACCGCAAAUUAUAAAGGCAACAUACAUUAAAAAAAAGAUUAUUCAAUUUUUCCUUUAUCAUCCUUGAUAUCCCCUGAUCCACUUUUGGACUCCAAAAUUAAAUCCGUUCCUGUUUUUGUCAGUAAAUAUACACCUUUCGGGGAUUACAUCUAAUAAAUCAAUGGAGUACGAAUUCACAGUCUGCAACUCUUCCAGAACAAAACAAAUGAAGGUUAAAUUUAUUAAACAAGAUGUAAAGGAUAGUAUUCUUGGAAAAUUAGUUAUGCAAGCUAAUAGAAUGUUCAAAACAAAAGGCAUAUCGGUAGUUGCAUAGUCAGAUGGUUCGUUUAUCGACGAUGACGAUACGUUGGAUUGUUUAGCUGAUGAGGUCCUCAUGAUUCUAAAAGAAAGUGAUGUAUGAAAAAUCAAGAAUCACGAAGAGCCGGAAAAUGAAAAUAAUCAAAACGUGAUGAACAACAAUGAAGAAAAUCCUACUCCAGCUAAAAAAUGUAAAACGUCUAAUGCUGAAAUGGAAGAGGUUGGCACUGAGAAAGUUGAUGAAGAAAAUCUAUCAACUAUUUUAAAGCCUUACACAGAUUUCAAGAGUUUCAAAAUACCAUGGCCUAAACUGGAUUAUAACUUACUGCAAAAGUUAAAGAAUGGAUGCGGUAAAAAAAACAACUCAAAAAUUCGUUUUGAACAAGAUCGUUGAUGAGUUGAGGGUGGUCAACAACCACAUUCCUAUUGACGUAAUUAAUCAUGUUGCAGAAGUUUUGGUAGAGAAAUUUCCAGAUACUUUCGCAGACAAAUGGGAAUCAGGUGAAAGACUGAUUGGUAAAGGAACUGCAACAUCAAUUUCAAAAAUGAGAAAUCGAAACAAUUAUUUAAAUAGGCCACACAUGGAUAGUAAUAAUUUAAGCAAUGUUUUAAACAUUCCAUUCAAAAAACAAAACUUAGUAAAAUGCCUAAGAGUGGCGUGUCCGCAAUGGCAACCUUUGGCAUACGACACUGGUGUUACUGAAAAAUCUGCAGAAGAAGAUCGUCUCUUUUUAUUAUUAGGGUUCAAGGAAUUCAGAGAAGACGACCAAAAAAUUUUCGAGAAAUCAGUCUCCGCUUUAUCUGAUUCGUUUCCAUUACAGAGAUUGUUAUUAAACGACUUAAACAACCCACCAACAUUUGAAGAUAUUCAAACAACGUGGCCUUGUUUGUUAGAUACGUUCUACAUGAUGCUUCAUUUCUCAUUUUUAACUAUAUGCACAUGUGAAGAUGUACAAGAGACAAUAAAAAAAGAUGUUCCAACUAUGUUAGCGUAUGGAAAAUUAAAACAAUGGAUAGACAUUGAUGUCAUUAUUACCGAAGAACAACAAUAUCUUACUGCAAUAAAAAUAAUCUUUCAAUAUUUCAAAGAAGAGUUUACGAAUUUAUUUGUAACAAUACCGCCAAAUACAAAUCUCGAUUUGGUACUUCUGUCAGAAAAUCAUCCAACAAUACUGAUGAUGGAAUCAGUUGCGGCAAAUGAUACCGAUGUCGAAGGUACAGAAAAUACAUGGCAGUACUUCCUUUUUAUGGAAUGCAAACCCGUCAAUGAAUUUGAUUCAUUUUUGGAUGCAGUCAUAACUCUUCUUGCAUCUUAUUACGUAUUUAAUUACCUGUGGCCACAACAAGUCCCCUGCUUUUUAGAAUGUUUGCAAAUGCGGUACAUGAAAAGUUUCAAUGAGUCGACAAGAGUAACUGAGAAAGUCUAUACCUUUUUUAAAAAAUUACAAACAGUUAAACCAGCAGCGGUGCUUUAAUUACAAAAUAAUGUUAUGUAAUUGUAACUUCAGUCAUGAUGUGAUUUCUUACGUUAAGUGUUGUACUCAUUCAUAAAUGAGAAAAAAAGCGAUAUUUAAUUAUUAUCGUUCCUAUAAUAAUAUUGUUCGAAAACCAUAAAUACAUUUUAUAUGCGCAAAUCAUUAAUAUACAAAUAUUGUAUAGGCAUGUAAGCAGUAAUUUAGAUUUCAUUACUCGGUGUUUGUUCAAAAUUAUUUUUUAAUAACAACUUGUAUAUUGUAGAAAAUAGUGUUCUAAAACAACAAAUCUACAUAUGUAUGUAUAUUUUGUAAAACUAUUAAUAAAAUUCUUUAAUUUA